AUGAUUGUAGAAUUUUCACCUAAAAAGUUUCAUGAGUUAAAGGUAGAUAUUAGAUGUUGCGUAAAUGAGAAAAGGGAAUUUCAAUGGUUAAAUCCUAUCUUCAAAUGCUGGUCGAACCGUGUGUCACGUAUUCCACUUUCUUUGACUAUUCAUACGAAUUUAUAUACGGAAUUUGGAAUGAAUGAAAGUAAAUUAAUUGAAAAGUUUAAAAAGUUGGGUGUUUUUAAAGAAAUUAAAAUACUUAAUGAUGUUCCUGAAUAUAUAAAUAUGUACCAG